GCUUUUCCUUCAUUGUCAUCGCGCAUCAUGUUUGUUUUCGAUCUUCCUCCAUUCUCUCGCUGUCAGCCCAAACGUUUGGUUUGAGCAGCGCGAGCAAAUUAACGACGCCGUGAGACAUACUUGUCAUCCUCGAUGACGCUUCACAUAUCCCUUUUGUCGGUUUGUCCAACAUUGUGAUCUUGGAGGAUCGUAGUAUUAGUUGCUGGUCCGUGAUUUUCAAAGCCCCAAGCUGCGCUGGGAAUCAAGGUGGCGAUGCGUCUCUUUUUCUUACUCACAAAGCUCCGGUCCCACGAAGUCAUUUUCAUUCUUCUCAUUCUUUCGACAUUUUCGAUAUUCGAUGGAGUCAUUUGAUCACGACAUGGCCGCGGCUACGACAGCGGGACUUGGUGUUACAAAACUGUAAUUAUUGGUGACUGACUAUCUUCUUGUUCUCUCAGUCCAUUCGCUUCCUGAUAUUCAAAAGCAGUCAAGCGGCCCAAGCCCCUUGGUGAGAUGCGGCUGUAUCAAACCUUGUCGUUUUCAGAGAGAUUUGAUCUAAAGAUCUCGGGGAGAGACUGGCUGUCGUCAUCCAUGGCAGUCAGCGCGGUUGACUGGGAUUGGCCAGCAGCAGUGCUCCGGGAGACGCCAGCCGUCAUGGGAGCACUCUGGCCGGACUGCGGAGCAGCUGCGGAUAUGAAGUCAUUGUCAACUUUCUCCUCAUCCUGUGCGCUGUCCUGA